UUUACUUUAUACCCACUUUAACCUGACCUAAAAAAUUUUCGGUUUCUGACAGAGACGAGAAAACCUGAUAUAAAUGAAAAAAAAGAAGUGAAAUUUUUUUAAUUAUAAAUUUUUCUUUUUUAGUUUAGUAUUAUUUUUUUAUUCACAGUUUCAAAAGAAGUCUGAAGAAAGUGUUCAAGUACAAGAAAACGGGAUCAGUAGUUAUACUUUAGCAUUGGUAAAAUAAGUGUAAAACAAUAACAAAUAUUGCUUAGUAACCAUUAGGGGACAGCAAGAGAAGUUAUAAGCUAAACUACGUACCUACUUGUCGAAUAAAAUAAAAGUACAAUACCACAAUGUCUUCAGCAGUUAUGCUCUCUUUAUUAUACCAAGUACUUUUGUACUUGAAUAUGUUCUACUUUGGAAUGUUUUCAACUUGUGAAUUCUGCAUGAAAUGUGUAAAGGCUUACAAUUUCCCAUCAAGUUUUGGUACAGUUUCAAUGGAAUUUGCACUAUUGCUAUUUCUAAUUACCACAGAAGGAAUUAGAAUUUAUCUAGGCAGAAAAGGAAAUUUGUUGGACCAUGGUUUGCCUUUUUUAUUGGGCCUAGCUCUCAAUGUGCCUAGUAGCCUAGCUACUCUUUAUUUUCUAUUUUGGCAAGACAGAACCUUAAGGUUGGAGCAGAUAUUGUGUGGUAUACAAAUGGUCUUGCUAAUAUCAGAACUCAUAGUCGCAAUAAUGUUCCUUGUGGCGGUUUUUAGACGUCCUGCACCAGAAGGCUAAAUAUUUUUGGAGACA